AUGAAACUAGCCCUGACCUCUUUUGUUCUUCAAAGCUUGGCAAGCUUUCUACUUCUCGCCACAACCCACUUCGUUGUCCCGGUCCAUUCUAUCCAGGAUUUUGUACCAAGUGGCAUUGAUGACCAGUUGAAACACCAACUUGAUCACGGUGAUGAGCUUGUUGCCAAGUUUACAUCUGAGGAAACUGCAGCUUUCAAUGGCAGACUCUUAAACGAAGACGAGGAACGGCUUCACCGUCGGUAUUAUGAGCGCUGUGGAGAUGAGAAACCAUGCUUCCCAGGACUUGAAUGCAGAGAUUCUGGGACUGUUGGUAAAAGGUGCAUGCCCACAGCAGCAUGCUUGCAGGAGCACCUUGUUCCAUUUCAGGAAAAGUUCAACAUGGACACCUUGAAAGAAGCUGUCUUUUCUGAACCAGGAAUGUCCAUGCGUGAUUUCAUUGCUACCGCUAGAAAUGCCAGUGGUGGCGAGGAAUUGGCUACAAGCUCUUCAACCAAAAAUAUCAUGUCAGCAGUUCGAACCACCAUCCAAAACUCUGGUAUGCGGGAUGAGUUCUUGUCUGUUGUCAACAAAUGUUUCUUUGUCCCAGAAAAUCUAGUGGCAACCAAUGAGACUGAAUCAUCCAACAAGCAAGACGAGGGGGCUGCUUAUGUAGGAUACAUUUUGGAAGCUGGCUUGGUGGGACAAACGUCCUUGACUGUUUUGUCUGGUUGUGAUAGUACUGAUUCUUCUGACCAGGCCACGUUUACCAGAUUCUGCCUGGGUGCAGGCCUUGUCUUGGGCGGAGAAUUCCAAUUUUUAAUUGGUGCAGCGAUGGGAACAAUUGGUGACGUUGCAUGUCUUUCCCUGGUGGGUGAUGCAGACUUUUCACCGGGCUAUUCUUUUGGUGUUGCAGGAGGGAUUGGAUUCAAUGGUGUUUCAUUUGUAGAGUAUGGAUUAUGGGGAGGUGGCCUGGGCAUUGGAGCUGCUGCAAAUUUGUGUGCCACAAUCAGAUGUGCGUAG